UUUCUCUGUGCAUAUCUUCCAAGCCUCCAGUUCUCAUAGAUUUUGGUCCCAAUUUCGAGGCUACUCCAUGAUUCCUGUAUCCCAGUGGCCCUUGUUCUUUUAUUCACUAUUCCCAGUCCCCUAUCUCUCUCUUGUGCAGUUGAGGCCUGGAAGGUUGUAACCAUAUCCUUUGACUAUUGUCUUAGUUACAGGUUUAUCACUCAUUCUGAAUGAGCUUGACCCAGAUUUCAACUCAGGAAGAUGAGUCUUCCUGAUUCUAGGCCCAGCACUCUGUCCAGUGAGUCACCUAGCUGCCCCAUAGGGUGCUAUUGUUCCUUGAGAAAUGUGAAGGAGGUAAUUUUAGAGAAACCUGGAAAGAUUAAUGUGAACUUAUGCAGAGUGAAAGUACUCAGAACUAGGUUUUAUACAGUAACAACAUUAUUAAACACAAUCAACUUUGAAAGACUUAAGAACUCCAAUCAACAUAGUAUCCUGCACAGCUACAUGUGCCUGAUAUGACAGGCUAUUUACCUCCUGACAGAGGUGAGGGGGCUAGGGUACCAAUGGAGACAUAGAGUGAGGUAAUUAGUUUUGCUUUUCCCACACCUAUGUCUUAUAGUGGUUUGGAGCGUAAUUAAUGGCCAUUUUGGAAAGCCGGAAUGAGUGGGUACUUUUGGCACCAGUGAUAUGUAUGGUAUGCCACCCACACUUUGUUCCUUCUGCAGGGGCUGGGGCUUUGGCGAGUAGAAGACCAAGACAUUAGGGCCUGGGGGUAGGAGGGGACUUGACAGAACAAGGUCCCCCAGUUAAUAGGUGAUGGAGUGUGCUACAGAGCUGGGCAAAGGUGAAUGUUCCCCUGUGCUCCUGUACAUUCCCUCAUCCCUUUGCUUUGCUUCACUGCCACUCCUGCCCCUCCCUAAACUAGGCAGGUGACGCCACUCGAUUCUAGCCCCUUCCACUGGAUGCCCUAACCUGUGGACCAAAGCAGCAAGGAUAGGGCUGAUAGACGUGGGGUGGGGGCAGCAUGAACAAACCAAUUCCCCAGCCUAGCCCACUCCCUUCUCUGGCUUCGAAGCUGGCUCCCCAAAGCCCCUCACCCCAGUCCUGGGAUUCCUUCUGUGGAAGCCCUUCAUGGGGCCUCAGCUGGCUCUUGGCUGUACAGCACAUUCUGGUCCAGGCCUCUCUGCUCUGCAUUUGCCACCUGCUCCUGCUUCACAGUCUUCCACCAGGAGGACUCUCCUAUCCUCCUGGCCAGCUCCUGGCUUCCAGUCUCUUCUCUUGUGGUUUGUCUACUGCCGUGCAAACCUGGAUGGGCAGCAGGCUCCCACUGGUCCAGGCCCCAUCCUUUGAAUUUCUCAUUCCUGCUCUGGUGUUGGCCAGCCAGAAACCAUACCAAGCUACCUGGGCACCUGGAAACAAUUCCCGUGCACUGAGUCCCUGUGUGGGAACAGGUUGCCCUAUCCUGGGAAGUUGGGAUGAGGCUCUUAGAGAGGUGUCAGGUGCUGUGCUGAUGUCUGGGCUGCUCCAGGGAACACUAGGGUUGUUGGGCGGGCCUGGUCGAUUGUUUCUUCAUUUUGGACCCCUGGUCCUUGCUCCCAGCCUGGUUGUGGUAGGGCUUUCUGCUCACAAGGAAGUUGCACUGUUCUGUUCCACAAGUUGGGGCCUUGCAUUGCUGCCUAUCCUACUUAUAGUUGUAUGUUCUCAGCAUCUGGGAUCCUGCCUGCUGCCCUUGUGUCCACUGCGAACUCCUGUCCUUCCAACUCACACCCACGUCCCUGUCUUCCGCCUCUUCUCGGUGCUGCUCCCUGUGAUCUGUGUUUGGAUCCUCUCUGCUUUAUUGGGCCUUAGUUUCAUCCCACAGAAGCUGUCUGCCCCUAACAUCGCCCCAUGGCUGUGGCUGCCUCACCCAGGUGGAUGGAGUUGGCCCAAGCUGACCCUCCGGGGCCUGGCUGCAGGCACUACCAUGGCACUGGCAUCUUCUACCAGCUCCUUGUGCUGUUACGCAUUGUGUGGUCGGCUGCUGCAGCUGAGUCCUCCCCCUUCCUAUGCCUGCAGUCGAGGCCUGGGCUUUGAGGGCCUAGGCAGCCUGCUGGCUGCGCUCUUGGGGAGCCCUUUGGGUAUUGCCUCCAGCUUCCCCAAUGUGGGCACCACCAGCCUCACCCAGGCUGGGUCUCAUAGAGUGGCAAGGCUAGUCAGCCUACUGAGUAUAGGGUUGGGUCUCUCUCCACGAUUGGCACAGGCCCUCACCACCAUCCCGCUGCCAGUUCAUGGUGCUGUGCUGGGGGUGAACCAGGCAGUCAUCUUGUCUACUGGCUUUUCCUACUUCUACUUUACGGACAUUGACUCAGGACGCAAUGUCUUCAUUGUUGGUUUUGCUGUCUUCAUGGCACUGCUGCUACCCCGAUGGCUUCAGGAUGCUCCUGUUCUCAACACAGGUUUGAGUCCUGUGGAUGUGCUGCUUUGUUCCUUUUUGGCGGAGCCUGUGCUUCUGGCUGGCCUGUUGAGCUUCCUCCUGGAAAAUACCAUCCCGGGCACUCGGCUAGAGCGAGGCCUGCCAUCUCCUAAGGAGGCUCAGACCUGUGCGAAGCCCAGAAAGGAUGCUUUGGGAUACGAGCUGCCCGCCCCCUUCCAGACGCUGUGCUCCUUUGUCCCCCAGCCCCUGCGAUGCCUCUGCUCCCCAGCCGAGGACGCUGGGGAUGAGGAGCGAGGGCCUUCGGAGCCAAGAGAAACUGCUGGCCUGCUGCCCAGCGCCGAGGAUCUGCGCCUCGGUCUGGCCGUGACCAGGGCUGACUGACGGAGGGCCCCUCCUCACGGGCCAGGGCUGCGCAUUCCUUGUGAGAGACCCCUCCCCCCCCCCGGCUUCUCCUUCCAGCGUCUCCCAAGCCGACCCGAAGGAGGCGGCCCC